AUGGCAUUACUUCCAAAACCUCGCCUGCUCAAACUUCAAGAGUUGACCUGCUCCCUUUUUAACACAGUCUACAAUCCGACUUCGGCACGUACUGGCAACAAAAUCUUAAAACAGCGUCUUAUUGGUCCAAGUAUAGUCAAUUGGUAUCCGGCGAAAAUGAUCAAACUGAAGGAAAUAAGUAAUAUGUUUCCAGAUUUUGACUUGGUCGAUCAAGGCGAGCAGCGUAGGUUGGAUGAUAUUGCUAGAAGGAAACGGAGGGGAAAGGGUGCGCCGAAGAAAGGACAAGGGAAACGUGCUAUCGUCGCAGCUUCAAAGAAGAAAUAA